AUGACAGUGUCAAGUUCCUCAACUACAACUUCAGUGGUGAUAGUAUCAACUCUCUCAACAAAAACUUUAUCUGAGACAGUAUCAACAUCAACUCCAGCAUCAGCUGUCGCAGUUUCAAUUUCCUCAACAGCAACUUCAUCUGAGACAGUAUCAACUUCUUCAACAGCAACUUCAUCUGAGAUAGAAUCAACUUCCUCAACUGCAACUUCAUCUGAGACAGUAUCAACUUCUGCACCUCCAUCCAAGACAGUAUCAACUCCUGCAACUUCAUCUGAGACAGUAUUAACUUCCUCAACUACAGCUUCAUCUGUGACAGUUUCAACUUUAAGAGCAACUUUAUCCAAGAUAACUUCCUCUACAUCUUCAGUUGAGACGGUAUCAACUUUCUCAACUGCAACUUCAGCUGUGACUGCAUCAACUUUCAUAACUGUAACUUCAUCUGAGACAGUAUCAACCAUACCUGCAGUUUCAGCUAAGAAAGUAUCAUCCUCAACUGUAACAACAUCGAGUAAGACAGCUGAUGCAUUAUCACAUUCAGUUGAGACAGUCACACAUUCACUUGCAUCCUCAGCUGAGACAGCAUCAGCUUUAACAGCACCUGUUACUGUGAUAGUAUCAACUCUCUCAGCUGAAACUUCAUCUGAGACAGCAUCAACUUCCUGGACUGCAGCCUCAUCUGAGACAGUAUCAACUGCAACUUCUAAUGAGAUAAUGUCAACAGCACCUGUUACUUUGGCAGUAUUAACUUCAACUGAAACUUCAGCUGAGGCAGUAUUAACUUCAACUGAAACUUCAGCUGAGGCAGUAUUAACUUCUACAACUUCAUCUGUAACAGUAUCAAUUUCCUCAACAUCUGCUUCACCUGUGACAGCAUCAACUGCCUCACCAGCAACUUCAUCCAAGACAGUAUCAACUUCAACAUCAACUUUAACUGAUACUUCAUCUAAGGCAGAAUAAAUUUUCUCAACAUCAGUUUCACUUGUGACAGUUUCAACUUCCUCAACUGCAACUUCAUCUAAGACAGUAUUAACUUCUACAACUUCAUCUGUAACAGUAUCAAUUUCCUCAACAUCAGCUUCACCUGUGACAGUGUCAACUUUCUUAACUGCAACUUCAACUAUGACAGUAUCAACUUCCUCACCAGCAACUUCAUCCAAGACAGUAUCGACUUCCUCAACAUCAACUUUAACUGCAACUUCAUCUAAGGCAGAAUAAAUUUCCUCAACAUCAGUUUCACCUGUGACAGUUUCAACUUCCUCAACUGCAACUUCAUCUAUGACAGUAUCAACUUCAACUGUGAUAGUAUCAACUCUCUCAACAACAAAUCCAUUUGAGACAGUAUCAACUUCAACUACAGAUUCACCUGUGCCAGUUUCAAUUUCCUCAACAGCAAUUCCAUCUGAGACAAUAUCAAGUUCAACUGCAAGUUC